AUGGAGCACGUAAGCAGCAACAACAGUGUUUCUCUUGUUGAGUUGAAGAAGCGUUCUCUCAUCCCCGAGAAAUGGGAGGCUCAAGUCCGUGCUAUAGGGAUAUCGGAGUACAAGGAAGCGGCGCUGUCUCUGGCGCAGGCCUUUGCUACUGAUGAACUAGCACAGUACCUCCUCGACACGGACGACAUGGGCACCUACGACGAAGAAACCAAGUGGAGGCUGCACGUCGACAUAUUCAGCUACAUCGUGGCCGCUCAUUGCUACAAGGGUGUCGUGACGGCCAUCGGGCCGGAUUACGAAGCCGUGGCGCUCUGGAUGCCGCCUGGCAAGGAUAUGGACGACUGGCCGACCAUCAUCCGCAGCGGUAUGUGGAGACUCUACUACCAACUGUCGGCUGAGGGCCGGAAGCGCUACUAUCGCGAGCUGCUACCGGUGUUGCACGACACCAAGCAUGAGGUUAUGGGAGACAGGAAUGACGACUGCUACUACCUGGUGUACUUAGGCACCAAGCCAAGCGGCCAGCGCAGGGGCUACGCGAGGAAACUCAUCGAGGGGAUGGCUGCUAGGGCGGACGCCGAGGGCCGAGCCAUGUACCUCGAGUCGAGCUCGCUAACGAACAACGCGUACUACAAGAAGUUCGGGUUCGAAGCGAAGAAGGACAUCUACCUCGGCGCCGACAGCAAGUCGCCUGUCCGCUUGACCAUCAUGGUGCGCGAGCCCCAGAAGCUGUCCAAGAACUCAAUCCCGAUCAAGCUGAAUUCCGCCACCGCCACAACCACCGGUUUCAAGAAGAUGUGA